CUUUGCUUCCACAAGUCCCAUCUGCUUUUUCUUUUUUAUUGCUGUUACCCCACCAAAAUUCCUAGGAGAAGCAGAUCAUGACGGGUUUCCCAUCGGAAAAGCAUAUUACCUCUGGUGAAAAGACAGAGUAUGCUGCCAGCGAAGACCCUGUCAAGAAUGACACCCCUGAUCUCUACAUCGAUAACACCGACGAGAAAGAAGAACAGCACAGUGGCCUGGUCGGUGGCGACGCUGCCCUAGCAAAUGCUGCUUGGCAGUUCAAGUUGAUCGCCCUGGCUACCGCUUUGAUGUUGCCUGUUGGCUCCCAUUUUUCAGCCACGGCCCUUAGUGCGAUGAAAUCAUCCCUCAAGGAGAACCUACUUAUCGACAAUGCGCGAUACGGUGUGCUCUCGGCAGCCGUCUCAAUCAUCAAUACUAUUUUCCCUAUCGUCGGUGGUGUUUUUAUUGACUUGUUCGGAUCCGUCUGGGGCACCCUUGUUGUCAACUUGUUCGUCAUAAUUGGCAGUUUGCUAACUGCUAUUGCUGCAAAAUACACAAGCUUCCCAUUAAUGGUCGUAGGGCGUGUCAUCUUCGGUAUUGGCAGUGGCCUCAUCGUCACGAUGCAAGAAUCGCUGUUGUCCAAAUGGUUCCGUACCGAGAGUUUGGCUAUUGCCAUUGGUCUUCAGCUCUCCAUCAGUCGUCUGGCAUCCUUCUUGGGUACAUUGGCCGCCAACCCAGUUGCCGAUCGCACCGGCGACUGGGUGUGGGCCUUUUGGCUUGCCUUGAUUAUCUGUGUCUUCUCGGUGAUCAUGAACUUGGUAUACGCUUUAAUUGUUCGACAUUUGUCUGGUAACAACGUCAUGAAUAAGGAAGAUGCCCUCAAGCUCAAGCGCAAGAAAACCUUCAAGUUUCGUUCGAUUGCCAAGUUCCCGCUCUUUUACUGGGGUAUCAUCACCAUUGAGUUCAUCUACGCCGCUGUGUGGAGUAGCUUCCAGACUAUUAGUACCGAGUUGAUCGAGGUUCACUUUGGUGACGAUAGCGUCUUGGCUGGUUACAAAGCUAGCGCCAGUAUGAUUGUUCCUAUCGUAGGUACUCCCAUCCUCGGUAUUGUAAUGGAUCUUUUCGGUGGUCGUAUCAUCAUCCUGCUUCUUUCUGCUGUCUUUUUGAUACUCAGUUGCGCAUUGCUCGGCUGGACCUACGUGAAUGCCGUAGUAGGAAUGGUAUUCUAUUCAAUCUCAUUAGCCUUUGGCCCUAUUGCUAUGAUUACUUCCAUCGGUAUGAUCCUUCCUUCAGACUAUAUUGGAACUGGUCUUGGCAUGUACAAGGCAAGCAAUAACAUCGGUACAUCGAUUCUUGACAUUGUAAUCGGUGUUGUGCAAGAUAAUACUGCUGGACAAGCAUACACAGGUGUCAUGCUUUUAUAUAUUAUUUUGGGUGCCAUUGGUUUUGUCAUGAUCGUUACUUUGCUCAUCACACAGCGUGUGUACUUGAACAACUUGCUCGAAACUGGCCGUAAGAAACGACAAGUCAUGAUGAAAGAGCGCAACGACAAGGAAUUGAAGCAUAUUGCUCAGGGCGAAGAUAUGUACCAGGGCACGAAGGUCAACCCGAUCAGCAUCGUUUUCUUGGGUCUUUUCGUUGCGGCUCUUAUUGUUGCUUGGGUGCUUUUCUUCGUAUAUGCUAUUACAGGAAAAUCCAGCCCGUAAGAAACCAUUGCUCUACUAUGUAUGCACAGAAUUUACUUUUGUUGUACUUUCUUACCCAUGAUCCUACAGUAUUUGUUUCUAUUUCAACGUGUACUUUUAACAUUGUCGCUAUAUAUUUUAAUCUCAUUACUUUUAUCUUCUCCUUGACAAGAAACACAUACACCGCCCCCACACACCCGCUCUCAAAGCACCCAAUCAUCAUUCAUUAAUACCAUAGCCGUUGCCAUCCCUACUCUAUUCUCUAUUAACCUUAUACACUUUUUACUAUAAUUCUGAUUUGUGAAAAUUGUUUUCCUAUAAUUUUAUACUCGUUGUUUUUUUACUAUGAUAUUUUAUAAAAAAUAUGGGCAUAGUUUCGAUUCUGCGAAUAGCAGGCAUUGUAUCAUUCUUAUGAGCAGGACUGUCUCGUACUGUAGUUUUCUUACUUCUUUG